UUUAUUUUGUAUGUUAUAGCUAGCCUUGUUGACAGACCGGAUGCAGGACACGAUUUAAGCUAAUGUCACCUAACGCUUCGUUUCAUUGCAAAGGAGCUUACUAGUUAAUGAUAGUAAUUCUAUUUGCUUAGCCCCUGUUCUUGUUGAUACUGACCCAAGUGGGCGAUGAUACAGUGGCAGUUUUCUUCAAUUGAAACAGGUUACCGACGUUUUGUGAUUCAGCAGUUACCGCCGCAGUCCGACGAGUUUGACCGCAGAUUGUUCACGGUUGUUAGGGACACUUGGACAGUUGGUUGGGGAUGACACGUAUGCUGAGUCGGAUCAUUAAUGCCUCUACAAGAAUACGGACCAUGUGGCUGGUGGUCUCCCCGCUUAAGCUAAAAAAUCCAUCGAUUCAGCUGUGCGCUUCGUCUUUCCAGGGAGACACCAUUUGCAAUGGGGAGCACAGCAAACGGGCGUUGCUAUCAGACCCUCAGCUGUUUGAAGCCAAGUUUGAGGAGCUGGUGACGGAGCUUGCAGAGAGGGACGUCCAGGAUCCUGCGCUGGCCGAUGCUCUGAGCAGGUUGAGAGAGGUUUUGGUGUACAAUUCCCCUGGAGGCAAGAGGAACCGAGGCCUGUCUGUGGUUGGCUCAUUGAGGGAGCUUCUUCCAGCCAGUCAGCUCACACAGGACAUGGUGCAGCGGGCUCUGUUGGUUGGCUGGUGCAUUGAGUUGCUUCAGGCGUUUUUCCUCGUGGCGGAUGAUAUCAUGGAUGCAUCUGUAACUCGGAGAGGACAGCCUUGCUGGUACAAGAAGGAUGGAAUAGGCCUGGACGCCAUCAAUGAUUCAUUUCUCUUGGAAGGGUCAAUCUACAGACUGCUUCGCAGACAUUGCAGGGAUCAGCCCUACUACAUCCACCUACUGGAGCUAUUUACUGAGACAUCUUUCCAGACAGAGCUCGGCCAAGCCCUGGACCUCAUGACAGCUCCCCCUGGUCAGAUUGACCUCAACAGAUUCACCAUGGAGAGGUAUAAAGCUAUUGUGAAAUACAAGACCGCCUAUUACUCCUUUUACCUCCCAGUGGCGUCUGCAAUGUACAUCGCAGGAAUUGUGAGCGAAGAGGAGCACAACAAUGCCAAACGCAUCUUGCUUGAGAUGGGAGAGUUCUUUCAAAUACAGGAUGACUACUUAGACUGUUAUGGGGACCCUGCUGUGACAGGGAAGAUUGGUACAGACAUCCAGGAUAACAAAUGCAGCUGGUUGGUGGUGACUGCCCUGGAAAUCAUGACUCCUGAACAGAGAGCAAAACUGGAGGCAUGUUACGGGCGCCACGAUGAUGCCAGUGUGGAAAAGGUCAAAGCACUGUACAACACCCUGCAAAUGCCAGCGCUGUACCACAAAUAUGAAGAUGAGAGCUACCAACGGCUACAGAAACUCAUCGCGAGUCACGCUCAGAACCUUCCUCACUCAGUCUUCCUCAACUUUGCCGAGAAAAUCUACAAGAGGAUCAAGUGAGAGGGGCCGGUGGUUCCCUUCUGACUUUUGCAAUGACGCACAGAUCAGCUCCUCUUUCUUUGAAAGAGGGUUUGCCCGGGACAAGGCUCUGACUCCCAACAGCGUGAGCUGAACAGGGCUGUGAUAUUUAGAAAUCCUGCGGGCAGUUUCUUAACUUUUCAAAGAUUUGUAGAUAUGUGGUUGUGAAUGCCAUCUUACAGCCUGUCUCUUUUGCGCCAUGUUAUCUAUUUAUCGAACCCAGUGCAUAAUGUACAGUCAUCUCUCUACUGCAAUGAAUCACAUGGUCUAGCCAGCACAUGUGUGUGCCCUGAAGAACAUAUGGCAGGAUGAAGAUACAAAUCACAUGAGAUAGUGGACAAAGUUUAGAUUUUUUUAGGAAUAGAUAUAAUAAUUACUGAGGGACUGAAAGGGACAGUACAUAUGUGACAGUAGAUGUACCUGUAUCAGCUCUCUAAUUCCGUUUAUUUUUAUAUUGCUACAAAAGUCUGCACUGGCCUGAAUGUUAUUGCUUUUAUCAGAUGUGUAUGACCAGUCAUUUUUUUUCUGUUUUAUUGUGUUAAUGUUUUUUCAUGUGUGUGUGCGCGCGCGCGUGUGUGCGUGUGCGCCUGUGUGUGUGUGUGUGUGCGUGUUGGCUAUAGAGCAGAA